GUUUCUCGUUAAUCAUGCCAUCCAUCAGUCAUAUGAUCAAAGGACUUAAAAUUAAUAAUAAAAGCAAAGAUGUUUUGGUUGAAGGACCACAUUCCACACUACCGGAAGAUGAAUUUUUCGAUGCUGUUGAAACGGGAUUGGAUAAAAUCGAAGAGGAUAUGCAAAUGCGUGUCAAAUUGAAAUUACAAUCACAGCAAUCACAAAUCUCAACACACAACACAGCACUUGCCACACCAAUCGAAAAUGGAGAAAACGAUGAUGCCGAUGCUGAGUUUGGCACUGGUGCCUUGGCCAAGACACAUGCUCUGUGGGAAGAGAUUGAUAGAGUGUGCCUGGAACAGUUACAUUAUGCCCGUCAGGGUGUCGGACAGGAUGGCAAUGGUUGGCAAAUAUUCGCCGACGAAGGUGAAAUCAAAAUGUAUAAACGUGAAGAAGAAGUCAAUGGUAUGGUGGUGGAUCCGCUCAAGGCUUAUCAUUCCGUUAAGGGUGUUACGGCACGGGAAAUGUGUCAUUAUUUCUUUAUGCCCGAAUUUCGCAAUGAAUGGGAAACAACAUUGGAGGACUGCACAAUAUUAGAAAAAAUCUCCCCCGACACAUAUUUAUUCCUACAGACUCACAAACGUGUCUGGCCAGCUAGUCAGCGAGAUGCCCUGUUCUGGUCGCAUAUGCGUAAAAUAACCGAUGGCUUAGAUGAGGGUGCAGUCGAUACCUGGAUUGUUUGCAAUAAUUCAACAGAUUACUCUAACCAAGAGUCUAAAAAUGGCAAAUGUGUUAGAAUAUUUUUAACUGUUAUAAUGGCCUGUCAGACACAUUUGCCUCCCGGAAAAACUAAAUCCGAUAAAUUGACACGUGACGAUUUGACGUGUAAAGUUACAUAUUGUUCAGUGGUUAAUCCCGGUGGUUGGGCGCCCGCCUCAGCUUUACGCGCUAUUUAUAAGCGUGAAUAUCCAAAGUUCCUUAAACGUUUCACCAGUUACGUGAUAGAUCAACGUAAAGAUCAACCCAUUAUGUUCUGAUAUUUGCCAUUUUCAUUAUUAUAUUUACACUGUUAUAAUCUUUUUUAUUUUAUUUUUUAUGGUUUUUU